GUACCCUCCUGAAAUACAUACUAAAUCACAAACACACACACACAUAUACCUUGUGAAAAUGUCUCUCCCAAUUCUCUUCAUCUUUUCGGUACUCCUAAUUUCCUCCUUCCCUCCUCACACUGCAGCACUAGACUUCUGCAUUGCAGACCUAACAUUGCCUACCGGACCAGCAGGCUACCCCUGCAAAAAUGCUGCCAAUGUGACCGCGGACGAUUUUGUAUAUUCCGGGCUAGGCAUUGCCGGUAACACCUCCAAUAAUAUUUUCAAAUCUGCAGUGACCACUGCAUUUGUUACCGAAUUCCCUGGUUUGAACGGGCUAGGUCUAUCCAUGGCCCGGGGAGACAUAGCCCCCGGGGGAGUGAUACCAAUGCACACACACCCUAGUGCACAUGAACUCUUGAUUAUUAUUGAAGGGUCAGUUGUUGCAGGAUUGAUAUCUUCUUCAGACAACCAAGUUUACUUGAAAACUCUUAACCAGGGAGACAUUAUGCUUUUUCCUAAAGGCUUACUGCACUUCCAAGUCAAUACAGGACGAGUUCCGGUGAUCGAAUUUGUUAGUUUCAGUGAUCCAGACCCUGGUCUCCAAAUCCUAGAUAAUGCUUUGUUUGCUAACAACUUGCCUUCGGAAUACAUUGAGAAGGUCACUUUCCUUGAUGAUGAUCAAGUCAAGAAGCUCAAGGCUGUUUUUGGUGGCACUGGUUAAGCUAGCUACCUACCUCUCUCAACAUUAAUAAUUGCUUGUCUCUUACGUACUUUAAUUUUCUUCCAAUCAAUUUGGUGUUUUCUGGUUUCUUGAUUUGUUGUGGUACUUAAUUAAGGUCUGUGUGUAGGAUUCUACUUCUUGUUGGCUGCUUCUUUGUGUACUAUAUUAAUUUUCGAUGUCAAAUUAAUUGUAAGCUUGGUGAGUGUAAAUGCUAAGUUUGCAAUAAGCAACUUUUUAUUUUUAUUUUUAAUGUAAACCUGAAGGCAAACUCCUUCUAUUUGAAUAAAUUCACUAUGCAUGUUUCUUUAA